CCACCUGUCGACCGCUGGGAGGGGGCGAACGGGAGGAGGAGGGGCUUGUCCCGUAGGGCCCGCCCCCGGGUCCCGGAGCCCGGGGCGCGCGACGAGAUAUAAGGCGCCGGGAAACAAUGCGCCUGCAUCUCGCGCUCCCGCGCCGCCUCUCCCGGUAGCGUCCGGGCCCCGUGCACGAGCGAGGCGGAGGGGGCGCGCGCGGGGGCGCGCUCCUGGAUGCGGGGCGCGCGCUCGGUGGCGCGCAUGUGCUUGUGUGCGGGCUGCCGGGCUGCCCCGCGCCGGCCCCGAGCGGGUCCGCUCCCGGUGGCGGGCGGCCGGAGCGAGCACUAUUUCUACGACUAUGACUGCGGGGAGGAUUUCUACCGCUCCACGGCGCCCAGCGAGGACAUCUGGAAGAAAUUCGAGCUGGUGCCGUCGCCUCCCACGUCGCCGCCUUGGGGCUCGGGUCCCGGCGCCGGGGACCCGGCCCCCGGAAUUGGUCCCCCGGAGCCGUGGCCCGGAGGGGGCGCCGGGGACGAGGCGGAAUCCCGGGGCCACUCCAAAGCUUGGGGCAGGAACUACGCCUCCAUCAUCCGCCGGGACUGCAUGUGGAGCGGCUUCUCGGCCCGGGAGCGGCUGGAGAGGGCGGUGAGCGACCGGCUGGCGGCCCCCGGCGCGCCCCGGGGGAACCCGCCCAAGCUGCCCGCCGCCCCGGACUGCGCUCCCAGCCUCGACGUGGGCGCCCCGGUGCCCGCAGCCCCCUGUCCGUUGAGCGAGCCCAAGACCCAGGCCUGUUCGGGGUCCGAGAGCCCUAGCGACUCGGAGGGCGAAGAGAUCGACGUGGUGACGGUGGAGAAGAGGCAGUCCCUGGGCGUGCGGAAGCCAGUGACCAUCACCGUGCGAGCGGACCCCUUGGACCCCUGUAUGAAGCACUUCCACAUCUCCAUCCACCAGCAGCAGCACAACUACGCCGCCCGUUUCCCCCCCGAAAGCUGUUCCCAGGAAGAAGGGCCUCCGGAGAGAGAUCCACCGGGAGAGGCCCCGGAGGGAGUUGCUCCGGAGGAGAAGGGAGAGGAGGUGCAGGAAGAGGUCGGGAGCGCCCUGCCUGCAGAGGGCGAGGCUCCCCAGUCCUGCCACCCCAGACCCGUGGGCUCUGACACCGAGGAUGUGACCAAGAGGAAGAACCACAACUUCCUGGAGCGCAAGAGGCGGAACGACCUCCGCUCGCGGUUCUUGGCCCUGAGGGACCAGGUGCCCACCCUGGCCAGCUGCUCCAAGGCCCCCAAAGUGGUGAUCCUGAGCAAGGCGCUGGAAUACUUGCAGGCCCUGGUGGGGGCCGAGAAGAGGAUGGCCACGGAGAAGAGGCAGCUUCGGUGCCGGCAGCAGCAGCUGCAGAAGAGAAUCGCGUACCUCAGUGGCUACUAGCGGACCCACACGCCCGGGCUGCUCCGUCUUGCAGAGACCCGAGUUAAUUUUUUGUAACCGUCCCUCUCCGCUUUAGUAAUUUGCACAUUUUUUUGGUUACGGCGGACAGUAGAUCCCAGGAUGCUUUUUGCAGCUGGUGCACACACAGUAAGGGCUUGCGUUCUCGGGAACCCGGGAACCCGGCUCUCCCUCUUCCCUGACUCCACGGGAGCACUGAGUCCUCUCUGGCGCCUCUGGCUGCGCGGGGAAGGCAGCUGACUGAGGAGCCUCGGGGUCUGCCUCGCUCACUGACUCUGAAGAAAAGCCUGACAGAUGCUAUGCAACAGGUGGUGGACGUCGCCGGGGCCUCCAGCCUGCAUGAAAUCUCACACUCCGGAUGAGCUCCAGGCCGGGGAGGGAUGCUCCCACGGGUGUCUCUGGGGUGAUGCUGGGACAGCUGGGCCUGGACGCGCUCCCCGAGGCUCCUUUUUCCAGGAGACACACGAGCCGUCGGGCGAAGACGAGCUCGCGGACUUGAUCAACACGGACCGUUACCUCACUGUCGGACACUUUACAGUAGCCGAGGAGUUGGAAACCUUUAAUAUAUACGUAUAUAUUGUUAGCUGACACCCCUUCCUCCCGCACCGCGCUGCGGCCUCGAAAACAUUUUAAAGAGCUUGGCCUCUGGAUUAUUCUUUGUCUCGAAGCCCCGUGGGCCCUUUCCUCUGAGGGAAAGACCGUUCUGUCCUCAGGAGGGACUUUUUUUGUUUCCUCCUGCCUUCGUCAGCAAUGGCUUUCCGGCACCCCUUCCCCCAGAGGCCAGAAAUGUUUCCCCAAGAUGCGGGGACGUGGGUCCCCCCUAGGGAAGGCUUGGAGCUCUGGCUGUGAACCUGUGCCCUCCCCAGGUGUCUUCCAUCUCGGGAUCUUUUCUCAAAGGCGGUGGUCAGGCUCAUCAGGGGAGAGAACCGUAUCACUUCCUCCCUCUCGGCUUCCUCUCAUCUCAAGCCCCGACGGAUACGUCUGAAGUUCUACUGGAUUCUAGUAACUAGGACCAUGCAAACCUGUCCUUCUCGUGCAGCCCCAGGGAGCUUGUGCCUCUGCAGCCACCUGUGGGCCACCUGCCAGCCUGACAGGAGUCCGAUCCCUGCCUCAGGACGUGGGUCUCUCCGAAGGUCUUCCUGGGAGAGCUGCUGGGACGCAGCCAGGGCUCCAGAAGGCGGCUUGGCCUCCCGGGCGGAGCUCUGCUUAGCGGGCCGUGGUGCAUUUCGCCCCAGCUGGUCUUGGCACCUCCAAGUGGAUUCCAGGGGCGGCCUCCAGGCUGCAGAAGACCACCUAACCCUAUCGUGUCUUGUGGGCAAGCUCAGUGGCCCUCAAGCCUGUUCUGGGUAAAGGAUCAGCCCCCUUCCAGGACUCUGCUGGCUGUGGGAGUUGAAAGUGGGGGCGGGAAGGGUGGUUGAGAGCUGUCUGUGGCUCUGGAAAGCCACCUGCUUCUUCCAAACCUGUUAUGCACGCGAGUCUGUUUCUGAGGUGGCUUCGUGGCCCUAGAGAACCCCUGUGGAAGUUUGGAGAAAGUCUCUACCGUUUGGAGCAUGGUUUUCCGGAGCCAAGUGACUCCUGGAUCUGUCUUUGGAGAAUGGUGGGAAGUAGGUUACUGAUGUCUCACCCGAACAGUUUGUGUUUUAUAAGCUGCUGUUGGGUAUUAUACUGGAAGCAGUUUUUUUGUCUGUUUGUUUGUUUGUGGGUUGUUUUUUUAAUACUGUAUUUUUGUAUGCCUUUUGCAAAGUGGUGGUGUUUUUUGUACAAGAAAAAAGCUCUUGGGCAGUUAUCCUGUUGUGAGAGUCUGACUUAUUUUGAAAGGCAAGUUUAUCUGAAAUGAUGUCUUUAGUUGUAAUUAUUGAUGGCCUGAUUUAAAAAUGUUGCCUUCCGGGACACCUAAUAAAAGCUUUCUCAAACAUG